UCACCGCCGACUUCGAAGGGUGAACAUCGCAAGCUGCCUGCUCCUCUCUCCUCUCAAGUGUGGGUCGUCCAUUACAUUAAUCAUGGCCAGUGUGAUCCGCCGUGCUCUGGUCCUUGCCCUCUUCGGAGUGGCUUCCGCUGCUUACCUCGGAGACCUCCAGGCUCAGCCCUCCAACCAGUUCUCCUCCUUCUCCAACGGCAACGGGGGCUACGGGGGUAACAGCGGAGGCAAUAACAACGGGGGAUACGGCGGCGGCAACGGCGGCGGGAAUGGCGGUUUCGGCGGCGGAAACAACGGCUUCGGUGGCGGAAACGGCGGUUACGGAGGAGGGAACGGCGGCGGUAGUGGAGCUGGAUACGGCAACGGAGGAGCAGGAGGCUUCGGCGGAGGAAACAACGGAGGCUUUGGCAACGGAGGAAACGGGUUCGGCAACGGAGGACGGAACGACGGAGGCUACGGAGGCGGAGACCCCAUCGCUGACCUGGCCGACGCUAUCCCCGGUGGAGGCGUCCCAGGACAGGACUACCCCAUCCUGGCCUCCGUCCCCGCCACCGGCUUCUCCUGCGACGGCCAACAGCCUGGAUACUACGCUGAUACUGCUCCCGAGGCUGGAUGCCAGGUGUUCCACAUCUGCCAAGAAGGAGGCAGGAUGGACUCCUUCCUUUGUCCCAACGGCACAGUCUUCAACCAACAAUACUUCGUGUGCGAUUGGUGGUACAACUUCGACUGUUCCACGGCUGAACAAUUCUACGGUUUGAACGCCGAGAUCGGUAGAGUCGACAACGGUAACGGAAAUGGCUAUGGCAAUGGCAACAAUGGCUUCGGAGGAGGCAAUGGCAACACUGGCUUCGGAGGAGGCAAUGGCAACACUGGCUUCGGAGGAGGCAAUGGCAAUAACUUUGGCAGAGGCAACACCGGCUUCGGAGGAGGCAAUGGCUAUGGCAACGGAAACGGCAACAACGGAGGCAACUUUGGCGCCGCUUCUAACCCUCAAGGAUCGUAUUCAGCUCCCGGUGGUAACAAUGGCAACGGUGGAUCUCCUUCUUCUUCUUACAACACCCCUAGGCAGAACGGCAACGGCAAUGGCAACCGGAACGGCGGUUAUGGCAACAGAAGCAACGGAGGAUUCGGUGGCAACGGGAAUGGCAAUGUCCAAGCUCCUUCUGGACUGUACCAAACCCCAGGAAAGUAAAAGAGACAUUUGUACCUGAACGGAAACCUUUAUCUAGGUUUCCUGAAUGAAUCCCGGUGAUUGAUGCGCUAAACAGAUUUUGUAUCUUAUCAUGUCAGAAAGUAUUUUUGUAUAAUCGCUUUAAUGGUUUAAGUGGAAUCGGUGCGAAAGCCUAGCGUUCACCACGUACUCCACAGGAAAUAGAAGGAUUUAUACUGAAUAGAUUUACGUUCUCACGCACAUGCACGCAUGCAUACACGCACACGCUAACACUCACACACACACACACACAAACACACACACACGCGUACACACGUACACAAACACGUACACGCAAACUUUCGCAGAGACAUAAUAUCUAUAUAUAUAUACAUAACCAAUACACAUAUAUAUACAUAUAUAUAUCUAUUUAUGUAUAUAUGUAUAUAUACUUUUGUAUAAAAGCUUAUCUCCUAAACCUCAGGUCUAUUCUUCUUUUGAUCAACUUCAUGCUGCUGAAAUUCGUUUCCCACCUUUGGUGCCAUAUGUUGUAGAUUUGUUAUCUAUAUAUCUCUAAUAUUUUAUACGAGCAUUACGAAUA